CUCCAGGGAAAGAACCUCAAAGGACAUCUGAUCACACAAGCUUUGGAAUUCUUUCGGGGACCUAAUCCGGAAACUGGUCGGCAGCACCCUGAUUCUGAGCCUCUGCUCCUUGGAAUCGCUAGGAGAUGAGCACCUCUCUUAGUUACAAGUCUUUUUCCAAAGAGCAACAAACUAUGGAUAACUUAGAGAAGCAACUGAUUUGUCCCAUAUGUUUAGAGAUGUUUACCAAGCCGGUGGUUAUCCUUCCCUGUCAGCACAACCUCUGCAGAAAAUGUGCCAGUGAUAUCUUCCAGGCCUCAAACCCAUACCUGCCAACCAGAGGAGGCACUACUGUAGCAUCGGGAGGUCGAUUCCGCUGCCCCUCUUGCAGACAUGAAGUGGUUCUAGACAGACAUGGUGUAUAUGGUCUUCAAAGGAACCUUUUGGUGGAAAAUAUCAUUGAUAUAUACAAGCAGGAAUCUACCAGGCCUGAAAGAAAAACUGAACAGCCGACAUGUGACGAACAUGAAGAUGAGAAAAUUAAUAUUUAUUGCCUGAGUUGUGAAAUGCCCACAUGUUCAAUGUGCAAAGUUUUUGGUGCUCAUAAAGAUUGCCAGGUUGCGCCUCUCACAAAUGUUUUCCAAAGACAAAAGUCUGAGCUCAGUGAUGGUAUUGCAGUAUUAGUAGGAAGUAACGACAGAAUACAAGGAAUUGUAAGUCAGUUGGAGGAAGCGUGCAGAACAGUUGAGGAAUGCUGCAAAAGGCAGAAGGAGCAAUUGUGCGAAAAAUUUGAUUAUUUGUACGCCAUACUAGAAGAAAGAAAAAGUGAGAUGACGCAAAUAAUCACUCGGAGUCAAGAGGAGAAAUUGGAACAUGUUCGGUCUCUGAUUAAAAAGUAUGCAGACCAUUUGGAGGCCGUGUCCAAACUGGUGGAAUCAGGCAUCCAGUUCAUGGAAGAACCAGAAAUGGCUGUAUUUUUACAGGCCAACAGUGGCAAUAUACACAGCUGUGGGGAAAUAGUGAAUAUUAGCAGCCUGCUGUUUAACCUGAGGAACAAAAUGAAGAAUGCCAAAGCAUUGCUACAAAAAAUUACUGAAGCCUCUAAAGCAUUUCAGAUGGAAAAAAUAGAGCCUGGCUAUGAAAACAUGAACCAUUUCACAGUGAACCUCAACAGAGAAGAAAAGAUAAUACGAGAAAUUGAUUUUUACAGAGAGGAAGAAGAAGACGAGGAAGAGGAUGUGGUUGAAGGUGAAGAAUCUGAUGAAGUCCACACAGAAUCAUCUGGUGAGGAGGAUGAAGUAUCUGAACUGCCAUCUCAGCAGCCCCAACAGGAUACUCCACCAAAGGACCCACCAGCUGUACCUCAGACUAACUCAGCUCCAUCACUACCACCUCCAGCACCCAUUGCUGCCACCACUGUGCCUAAUCAAGGUGAAGUUGUGCUGACUACUACUCAACAGCCUGCAGAACCAGAAGCUGAUAUGCAAUCGAGUGGAGACCCAACCGAUCCUUUGUUUUAUCCUAGCUGGUAUAAGGUUCAGCCACGGCAAACAAGCAAUUCAAAUACAGUCCCAGUGAAUGAAACAAGCAAUGCAAAUACAGUCCCAGUGGCCGAAAACAGGCAGGUAGGGCCUUCUGUUCCUGUAGAGGUGAAUGUAAAGAAGACAGAGACAGCUCCGGCAAAAGGGAGUCCUGCUGUGAGUGGUAAGGAAGCUAAUACACCCACAGCUACUUCGCAGGGGUUAGCAUUCUGCAUAUCAGUUUUGGCUUUUCUUAUCAUUCUGCACCAUCUCUGGAGUCAGAUUCAAUACAUGAUUUUUACUUUAAUGGACUUCUUGGGACACAUUUCUGAUGCUAAGGAUCACCACCUCUUUGCAUACUUUUGGUUAACAAUGGGGCAAUGAAAAGCUGAAGGCAGACUGAUUGAACAAACGAGCACCCGGUUUGCUGUCUAACAUUAUAACCAGUCUAUUACCAAGAUUUUCUGAUGGAAGUUUCCAGGGAUCCCCAAACCUGCAAGAGGCCACAGUGAAAUGGGAAUCAAGUUUGGUUCCCCAUGUGUCUUUUUCCUUUGCUGCAUCCAGAUCAAAGCCCAACUGCUAGGCAUGUUUCAAAGCUCAGAGUGGUGAAAGAGAAUUUGACAAUUACCUAACAGCCAUCAGAUAUUGGUGCCCUAUCAAAAAGUAGAUGAGGAAUGCACCAGGCAAUUGCCAAAUAUCGUCAAGUGCCCUUUCACCACUUUCUCUCCAACUUGCAAAGCACUGGGCAAAUAGCUUCAAUGUGGCACAUCAUUUCAACAUAUGACUUACUCAGGAGGUCCAUCUUAAGCCCCUUUCUGAUACUGCCCUCCCCCAUUUCAAUAGAUGCCAAGAUUGCUAUGGAAGACAUGAAUGUCACUCAAAUUCUACCAGUCUAAGUGUCUUGCACAAUGUCAUAAGAUCACUGGUGGAAAUGUUACAUACUUGCUUUUAUUGAUACCAUUGCAUAGAGCCACUAGAACCAGAUUUGGAAUGCCAUGAAAUGAAGUGUGUUGACCUAAGCCCAAAGGAACUCUCAUAUUAUAUCGAAAAGGUCUUAUUUAAGGGUCCCCUUCACCCAGAAAGGCUUCCCCAUUCGUUUAACAUUCCUCCAGUAUGCUUGACAUUAUAUCCUUGAGGGAACUUAGCCAGCCAACACACAAAUAGGAACACUGAAUUCAUUUGCUGAGGACUAUUUUUGGAAUCAUUAAGGUUGUGAAACAAACAGCCUUGCAUUAUUCUUUUGCCAUAGUGCUCUAAUUGUAAUAGAAUGGAAAUCUAUUUUGGUGAGACAUUCAGUCCCCAUGGGCACUAGAAGUUCACUGCCGACCACCUUGCUGGGAAUUGAACAGCUAAUCUUAUGAUGGAUGGCAUUUGCUGGUGCAUAUUUUACCUUGCCUACCAUUAAGUAGCUGAACAACUUAUUUCAUUAUAGAAAAGAAUUUCAGUUAGUUCCCAGAGAAUUAAAAAUAGACACAAGCAUAGCAUUCUUUGAGCUUGUAGCUGUAAUGUUAUGAUAAAAGUUGACAGCUGCAGGGAUUUCUGCUAAAGGCAUAAUAUUCUAUGCAAGGUAAAUAGAAACUCUUUAUAGAAAAUUGAAAUCACUGUAAAAUAACUUCAAUUUCCUCUACAUAUUUUGUGACAACUAAUUAGUACCCAACUAUUGAAAACACCUACAAUCACCCUAGGCAUUAAGUAAUAAAUUAGUGCCAGGUAAAGCAUUUCAUAAUAGAGCAAACAUAGAUUUAAUGCAUAAGGUUUGAAUGCAAAAUAGAACAUCUUAGAUCUGUAAUCUUUCAAAUUCCAAAACCCAUACUUCUCAGUCUCAAUUUAUCAAGGAUGCUGGCAGCCAAACUUGGUGGAACUCAAACUUUUAUGGCAAAAAAAUUGAUUUUUUUUUCUUUUUCCCAUAGAUUGAGUUUGACACUACCACUUUUGGAAAAUCUGGCAUUGACUGUUAAUAAGGGAAAGUCAAUGUUUAGAAGUUUGCCAAAAUAUUAUUUUCUCAGUGUAUUAAAAUUAGACUUGUACAAACAUAAAAAAGAGUUAGAACUCAUUGACCCACAUUUAUUUAUUUGCGUUAUUUAUACCCUCCUUUCUUACAGAGCCUCAAUGCAAAUUACUGCAAUCAAUAGGAGAAAAACAUCUAAUAAGCAAUGUAAUAUGCUCAGGAUUGCAGACAUUAGAAAGAGCUAUUGUCUGAGCAUAAGUGUCAAAUAGCACAUAUUAAACAAUGCAGAACAUGGUAUUACAGAAAUAGAAUCACAAUGCAUUUUGCUAGACCAAUCUGUUAUAAUAUAGCCCUUUUUUCUGUAUAAAA